UCAAAAAACACAACCCAGAUUACUCUUCCCCUCUGUCUCUGUCUCUGCCAAUUUCCAAUUUUCUCUCAAAAAUGGAAACCCAAUAUCCAAACCCAAACCCAAACCCAAAUCACACCGACGAAACCGAAUCCGACGACCCCACAACUCGGCGAAUCAGACGGCUCUCCUUGCACCUCCUCAACGACCCAGAUCAUGAUCAUGAUCAUGAUCACCUUCAGCUUCAGACAGUAACGUGCGGGGCAACGACGACGAGGAAGAAGCUGGAAGUGGACAGGGCGAGGUUGUGGGAGUGCAUGAGAGGGAAGCACAGAGAGAUUCAGGAAAAGGUGUUCGAGUACUUCAACGCGAGGCCGGAGCUUCAGACCCCGUUGGAGAUCUCGAGAGACGAGCACAGAGAGCUGUGCAUGAGGCAGCUGAUUGGGUUGGUGAGAGAAGCCAAUAUCAGGCCCUUCAGCUACCUCGUGGAAGAGCCCUCUCAGUACUUCGCCAUUUUGGAAGCUGUGGGAGCUGUCGACAUGUCGCUUGGGAUCAAGAUGGGUGUGCAGUACAGUCUUUGGGGAGGUUCUGUGAUCAAUUUAGGAACUAAGAAACACAAGGAUAAGUACUAUGAUGGUAUUGACAAUAUGGACUAUACAGGUUGUUUUGCUAUGACUGAACUGCAUCAUGGCUCAAAUGUUCAAGGCCUCCAAACAGUUGCAAAAUUUGAUCCAAUCACAGAUGAAUUUGUAAUUGACACACCCAAUGACGGGGCCAUCAAAUGGUGGAUUGGAAAUGCUGCAGUUCACGGCAAGUUUGCCACUGUCUUUGCUAAGCUGAUGUUGCCAACUCAUGACACAAAAGGAUUUUCUGACAUGGGAGUCCAUGCCUUCAUCGUUCCAAUAAGGGAUUUUAACACCCACCAACCACUUCCAGGAGUUGAAAUACAUGAUUGUGGCCACAAAAUUGGCCUGAAUGGAGUGGACAAUGGAGCAUUGAAAUUCCAUUCAGUCAGAAUUCCUCGAGAUAAUCUCCUUAAUCGAUUUGGAGAUGUCUCCCGUGAUGGGAAAUAUACAACCAGCCUCCCAUCCAUAAAUAAAAGAUUUGCUGCCAUGUUAGGUGAACUGGUAGGUGGGAGGGUUGGCCUUGCAUAUUCUUCAGUUAGUGUCCUCAAGGUAGCUGUUACAAUUGCCACCCGAUAUUCUUUACUGCGCCAGCAGUUUGGCCCUCCCAAGCAACCCGAAGUCAGUAUUCUUGAUUACCAGUCCCAACAACACAAGCUCAUGCCAAUGCUGGCUUCAACUUAUGCAUUCCACUUUGCCACUCAGCAUUUGGUGGAGAUAUAUUCAGAGAUGAAGAAGACUCAUGAUGAAGAAUUAGUUGGAGAUGUCCAUGCACUUUCAGCAGGUCUCAAGGCAUACGUGACAUCUUAUACAGCAAAGUCAUUGAGCAUCUGCAGGGAAGCCUGUGGAGGUCAUGGGUAUGCUGCAGUGAACCGGUUUGGCAGCUUGAGGAAUGAUCAUGACAUCUUUCAGACAUUUGAAGGGGACAACACAGUGCUUCUACAACAGGUAGCAGCCGAUCUCUUGAAGCGAUACAAGGAGAAGUUCCAAGGUGGGACACUUGCAGUUACAUGGAACUACUUAAGAGAAUCAAUGAACAGUUACCUGUCUCAGCCAAAUCCCGUAACUGCUAGGUGGGAAAGUGCCGAUCAUUUACGAGAUCCCAAGUUCCAGUUGGAUGCCUUCAGAUACCGAACAUCUCGAUUGCUUCAAAGUGUUGCUGUGAGACUAAACAAGCACUCUAAAACUCUUGGAGGCUUUGGUGCUUGGAAUCGAUGCUUGAAUCACCUUUUGACACUUGCUGAAUCCCAUAUUGAAUCUGUCAUCCUAGCAAAGUUUAUUGAAGCUGUAAAGAGAUGUCCGGAUGCGAGUACUCAAGAAGCUCUGAAACUUGUAUGUGAUCUUUAUGCCUUGGAACGAAUCUGGAAGGACAUAGGAACCUACCGUAAUGUUGACUAUGUGGCACCCAACAAAGCUAAGGCAAUCCACAAGCUUGCAGAUUACUUGAGUUUUCAAGUGAGGAAUAUUGCAGGGGAACUUGUUGACGCAUUUGAUCUUCCAGAUCAUGUUACACGGGCCCCUAUUGCGAUGCAGUCAGAAGCCUACUCACAGUACUUGCAGUAUGCAGGAUUUUAAUACCUAAAUAGAGCAAAAAGCCUCACAAGAUGCAUAUAAAAGAAUUUCUGAUGCUGAUACAUAUGAAAAAGCCUCACACAGUAUGUGGGUUGUCAGGAUUUUUUUUUUUUUUUGGUGGCCAAAUGUCAUUAGUGUUUUUAUUUUCUUUUAUUUCUUUCCUAAUAAGAAAGCAAGAUGAAUUGGUCAAAGGAGAUGGUGGCUUUCAAACCGAGGUUGGUGUUUCACUGUGUUUGGGAAGAAUAAUUAGCUGUGGUAGAAAUUGAAACAAUACUUUAUACACGAUUGCUUGUAAACUGUAUCAAUCAUCAAUUAGUAUUCAAAAUGCAAAUUUUACUGUCCA